AUGCCAUUAUUCGAAACAAUCAAGAUAGAUAAAGAAAAAAUAAAGAAUAUUGUUAAAGAUAACUGGGAUCUCGACCUUGGUGAUUGCAUUAAAGAAAGUCAAAAUCACACUUUUUCAGCAGAAAGAGGAAAUGAUAAAUUUAUUGUUCGUGUGACACCAGAUCCAAAGAAACAAAGAAUUGAAUGUACAGAAUUAGAAACAUCACUUUUACAAUAUUUAUCAAAUGACAUUUCUGUUUGCCCAUCAGUAGAAAAUAAAGAUGGUAAGCUUAUGCUUGUUGUUGAUGAUUUAAUCAUUUGUGUUUUUAAAUAUGCCAAAGGUGACCCAGUAAACUAUGUCGAAUGGAAAUGGUUAAAUAAAAAUGUUGUUAAUGAUUUAGGUACUUGGUUUGGUAAACUUCAUAAACUUACCCGUCAAUUCUCUAAAGAGUAUCCAGAAAUUUCAUCAAAAGCACGUCAUUGGACAACUCUUCACGACUCAAUCUUAAAAGAUGUUCCAGUAGAUGAAAGGGAUAACCAAACAUCUAAAGAUCCAAAUAAAUUUACAAUUAUCCAUGGUGAUGUUAAUCCAAGCAACUAUUUUUGGUCAGAAAGUGAAGGAAUCUGUAUGUUUGAUUGGGAUCAAACUCAAUUAUCAUGGCUUCUAUACGAUUUAAGUGCUCCAAUAUUUGGUGUUUGGGUUUUAGAAAAGAAAGGUUCCCCAAUUGAUGGUAAAAUCUUACCAGAGUUCAACUCUCAACAAUAUACCGAUUACCUUCUCGAAACUUAUGAGCCAAUUUUUGGCGAAAAAGUUUGUCGUGAAUCAUUAUCAAGAAUGGUCGAUAUUCGUAAACAACUAUAUGUUCGUUUCUGUAGAGCUGCAAUCCACGAAUUAGAGGAAUCAUCCCCAAUGUAUAAAUUCUGCAAAGGUAUGAAUGAUUUCUUUGAAACCCUUGGUAUAAACUAA